CUUGUGCAUUUUGUGACAAAGGAAUUCCCCUUUGAAUCGCCUGCUCCCCUGAAGCCCCUGGAGCCUCUGGCUCAAGCAGCGCCGUUGGUCUGUGCAGUGUCUCUGACGUCAUCGGUGUAUGCAUAAGCCCUGCUAUUGUCUUACUGCUACAGCAGGGCUGGGGAUUGCGGUAUCCGCUGUUGCCGCUGCUACCAGGCCUGCCCCUGCUGCUACCUAGUCCUGCCUCACUGCAUCCCAGAAGAGCCACGUUGGCUUGCCUUUCCCUAUUGGAUUUUCAAAAGCAGCUCUUCGGUUUUUGUGCUGUAGGAGACCUUGCUUUUCAAUCACACGGGAGAACACUGAAGCUUGUAAGAGGAGAAUCUGGCAGCUGGACACAGCUUGGACUGCAUUGUGUGUCUUCAUGACCCCUGCUGUGUAGCGGCUCAUCUUUUCACUCUCACACGUACACUCUCCUCGAUUUUAUUUCCUUCCUUUUUUUUUCUUUCUUCUAAUUUUUUUAAAGCAGCCUCUGGAGCCAGCCAUGUUUGGCACUGAAUCUUCAUUGAGCAUGUUUUUGAACACAUUGACACCGAAGUUCUACGUGGCCCUGACAGGCACUUCCUCACUAAUAUCAGGGCUCAUUUUGAUAUUUGAAUGGUGGUAUUUUCGCAAGUAUGGGACAUCAUUCAUUGAACAAGUCUCAGUAAGCCACUUGCGCCCCCUCCUGGGAGGGGUUGACAACAACUCCUCCAACAAUUCUAACUCCAGCAAUGGGGACUCAGAUUCCAACAGGCAAAGUGUCUCAGAAUGCAAAGUAUGGCGAAAUCCACUAAAUUUAUUUAGGGGUGCUGAAUAUAAUCGGUAUACUUGGGUGACAGGACGAGAGCCUUUGACUUACUAUGACAUGAAUCUCUCUGCCCAAGACCACCAGACAUUCUUUACUUGUGACUCAGACCACCUCCGUCCUGCAGAUGCAAUAAUGCAGAAAGCCUGGAGAGAAAGAAACCCCCAAGCUAGAAUUUCUGCAGCUCAUGAAGCCUUAGAGAUAAAUGAGUGUGCGACUGCUUAUAUUCUCUUGGCUGAAGAGGAAGCAACAACCAUCGCGGAAGCAGAAAAACUGUUUAAGCAGGCCCUGAAGGCUGGAGACGGCUGUUACCGGCGUUCUCAGCAGCUACAGCAUCAUGGAUCCCAGUACGAAGCCCAACAUAGACGAGAUACUAAUGUCUUGGUCUACAUCAAAAGAAGGCUAGCAAUGUGUGCCAGAAGACUCGGGAGGACCAGGGAAGCAGUGAAAAUGAUGAGAGAUUUAAUGAAGGAGUUCCCCUUGCUGAGCAUGUUCAACAUCCAUGAAAACCUUUUAGAAGCUCUUCUGGAACUACAAGCGUAUGCUGAUGUUCAGGCAGUCUUAGCAAAGUAUGAUGAUAUAAGCUUACCAAAGUCGGCAACAAUAUGCUAUACAGCUGCCUUGCUCAAGGCAAGAGCUGUCUCUGACAAAUUCUCUCCCGAGGCUGCAUCUCGGCGGGGGCUGAGCACAGCAGAGAUGAAUGCAGUAGAGGCCAUUCAUAGAGCUGUGGAAUUCAAUCCUCACGUGCCAAAAUACCUCCUAGAAAUGAAAAGCUUAAUCCUCCCCCCAGAACAUAUCCUGAAGCGAGGGGACAGUGAAGCAAUAGCAUAUGCGUUCUUUCAUCUGGCACACUGGAAGAGGGUGGAAGGGGCUUUGAAUCUUUUGCAUUGUACGUGGGAAGGCACUUUUCGGAUGAUCCCUUAUCCCUUGGAAAAGGGGCAUCUGUUUUAUCCUUACCCAAUCUGUACAGAAACAGCAGAUCGAGAGCUGCUUCCGUCGUUCCAUGAAGUCUCAGUUUACCCGAAGAAGGAGCUUCCCUUCUUCAUUCUCUUUACUGCUGGAUUGUGUUCCUUCACAGCCAUGCUGGCCCUCUUGACACAUCAGUUCCCGGAACUUAUGGGGGUCUUCGCAAAAGCUUUCCUCAGCACUUUGUUUGCCCCCUUAAACUUUGUCAUGGAGAAAGUGGAAAGCAUCCUCCCAUCCAGCCUGUGGCACCAGCUGACGCGGAUCUAGGGAAGCCCAUCUGUCCUUCCACUCACCUUCCCCCAGUGGGCUGCCACCAUCUCUUCGUGCCAACUCCUCGUGGACCGCAAGAAAGCAUGACUCUGAAAAGGGGAAGCCAUUCCGAGAUUUUAAAUCGUUCAUGGACCGUCUGUUCCAUAAUAAAAGCUGUUUUUGUUGUACAAAAUUCAUUGAUGUUCAGUUCUAUUAUAUUUUGCCUUCAGAAAAGAAAAAAAAUCAAAAAUAAACUUUUGUGUAUUGCAGCAACC